ACAAAUCAGAACUCCUUGAUGCUACAGAAGAAGUAUAUGAAAUGUUAGAAGUAGUUGAGACAUUAACAUCUAAAUUUUCUACGAAAAUUUCUCCAGAGGAUGUAAUUGAUGUAUUUAGUCACUCUAAUACAGAAAAAAUUAGAAAGAAUGAAUAUGAUCAAUUAGUUUUGUGUAGAGGUGUUAAAUUAUAUGAAGAAAAAGAACCAACUAUAUUAACUCCAAAAGAAACAGCACAGAUUACAUUAAACGACCUAGUGUCUAAAGGAAUAAUAAAGCAAGAAAUACGAUUACAAAAAUCCAAAACAAUACAGUAUUUGUCAUGUAGUGUAAUAAUAACUGGCAUUAAAGAGAAUGCAAAAGAAUAUGUACGAUUAAAUA